UUGGCCGCCGCGCAGAGCCGACAUGCGCCGGCUGCUCGGCCUCCUCCUGGUCUUCGCCGGGUGCACCUUCGCCCUGUACUUGCUGUCGACGCGGCUGCCCCGCGGGCCGAGCCUGGGCUCCUCCGAGACCGGAGACAGGUCGCUGUGGUUCCCGUCAGACCUGGCCGAGCUGCGGGAGCUCUCUGAGGUCCUGCGCGAGUACCGGAAGGAGCACCAGGCCUCUGUGUUCCUGCUCUUCUGCAGUGCCUACCUCUACAAACAGGCCUUUGCCAUCCCUGGCUCCAGCCUCCUGAAUGUUCUAGCUGGCGCCUUGUUCGGGCCCUGGCUGGGGCUUCUGCUGUGCUGCGUGUUGACCUCGGCGGGCGCCACGUGCUGCUACCUGCUCUCCAGUGUUUUUGGUAAACAGCUGGUGUCCUCCUACUUUCCCGACAAAGUGACCCUGCUGCAGAGGAAGGUGGAGGAGAACAGAAACAGCUUGUUUUUCUUUUUACUGUUUUUGAGACUUUUCCCCAUGACACCCAACUGGUUCUUGAACCUCUCGGCCCCGAUCCUGAACAUCCCCAUCGUGCAGUUCUUCUUCUCGGUUCUUAUCGGUUUGAUCCCUUACAAUUUCAUCUGUGUGCAGACGGGCUCCAUCCUGUCUACUCUGACCUCCCUGGAUGCUCUUUUCUCCUGGGAAACUGUCUUUAAGCUGUUGGCCAUGGCCCUGGUGGCCUUAGUUCCUGGAACUCUCAUUAAAACGUUUAGCCAGAAACACCUACAACUGAACGAAACAAGCAAGGCUCGUCAUGGCAGGAGCAGAAAAGACACGUGAUUCGGGCUGUCUGCCACCGCCCUGGCCCCACUGCUCAUCCGUGUGAUGGCGUGGCCCCCAGCCCCCUCAUUGUGUUUUAGCUACCCUCAGCAGGUCAUUUGGACACUCCAUCUCUGUGCAGAGUCUCGUCAUAAAGGACAUUCUGUCCCUAGAAGGUGACUUACGUCAGGUUCUCAAACCAGCCCUGGUUUAGCAGGACGCUCUGCAACAUGGAUGGCCUCUUAGGAAAUCCUGCUGAUAUUUUAGUGAACAAUUAGGAACUCAAAAGAUAAUCUGUUGUAACCGCCUCUUGCCAGUCGCUGCCCUGCCUUGGGAGAAGAUGCUGACUGGCUUUGUCCGGAGUGCCUGUCUUGCCGUGUUCCUAAGUCCCGUGGGUGGUGUUUUACCCGUGUUGCAUGUGAGCCCACAGCCCUGACAGCGCCCGUCACCUGUGAGUCUCCUGAAGAGCAUCUCUUCUGUCCUCUCCUGCCAAUGACCUACCUCUUCCUAAGCCAAAGGAAACACAGUGCAGACUGACUGCCUAGGACUUCCACGUCCGGCCCAAGUGCAGUGCUUUCUGAUGCUCCUGUGCUCGGACGCACCGAUGCCACCGUGCUGGGCAGACCUCACGGCGGCAUGUCUGGGCAAUGAAGCUGACUGCAGACAGACUACUAAGUGUGAAUGGAGCAAAUUCUGUAUGCUGUGGAUAUGUCCUGGAGAAAUCCUUACCCAUCUGGGCGGGGCAGGACCCUUGACUCACCUGAACCAAAUGAUGCUACUCUUUGUGAGAAGCCCUUCCGUACUGUCCCACUAGGAGGGUGGAUUCAGUCCACUAGGCUGUCAGCCAGUGUACUCUCUGAGCGUUUUUGAUUUUGUCACUUGCUGAGAAUAAUUGAAGAAGAAUUCUAUUUUCUAAUUCAUAGGGGAAAACUUGGUUUCUGGUUACUUUGUUGCAUUGUACCCUAAUUCCCUAAAGCGGCAUUGCUUCCUACAGCUGCAGUAUUAUAUAACACAGACCUGGAUCACUGUGUCCGAGGACGGUUGGACUGUGGCACCUAAGCUGCCCAGCUCUGUGUCCCUGGGUGCCGCGGGAGUAGCUCAUAACGACCAGAACUGCUGCUCCACCUCAGCUGCUGGGUGUCUGGCUUCGCCAGGAGCCUUGCCAAGGUUCCAUCUAGGCCCCUCCUUCUACAUGGGUGCUUGUGAACACUCAUGUUCUAAGGAAGAAUGGAUUUCCAAGGAGAGUUUUUGGACAUGACAUGAUUUUCUCACACCAAGGAUCUUAAAGAAGCUUUGAUAGCCAGAGGGGGUGAGGAGGAGGCAGAGUGGACUUUGGGAUCCAUGGCACUUCGUGUGCAGGGGUGGGGCAAGGGAAGGAGGAGCAGGGCAGUGCCACAGCUCGGCAAGGAUGUGCCCUUUGCUCCC